AUGCCGAUUAAAUAUAGCUGCAUUAAUGACGGCACGACGCUGCUCGCUGAGUACCCGCCUGGCGAGCAGCCGAAGUUGGCCGAAACCAUGCAGAAGGUCAUUGCGACAGUCCCCAGCAAGGAGUACCGCCGAAAGACAAUCGAGGACAAGGAGGGUGGUGUGAAUUAUCACUACAUCAGCAACGGUGAGGGCCGCAUUGUGGCGUGUGUGACGACAAACGAUAUGCGUAUGCGGACGGUUUUUUCAUUCCUUGAGGCGGUUGAGCCACUCGUGCGUGGAAACGUUGGUCCGCCAGGGACGGAGCUGCGCAACGGCAAGAAGCUCCUUCAGCAGAAGAUGGAAUUCUAUAAUAACCCACAGAACGACAAAAUCACGGCGUUAAACGAUGAUAUCAACCAAGUAGUAGACGUGAUGAUGGACAACAUGGACAAAGUCCUUGCGCGUGGCGAUCGCAUUGACACCCUUCAUGAGAAGUCGACCACGCUAGCCGAUCAGGCACAACAGUUUCAGCAGCGGUCUACCGAGCUGAAGCGGAACAUGUGCUUGAAGAACCUAAAGUUGACGCUCAUGAUUAUUGGCUCAGUUGGUGUUGUUAUUCUUAUUAUUGUUCUCAUUGCCUGCAAACCGAACUUCUCCAACUGCAAGUAG